AUGCCGUUCAAUGGAGUACCAGCUGAGGAACGGCUGCACUGGCGAUCUUUCUUGGUAAAAUUGGGAGCAGAGAAUCUCAAAGGCGUUAAGAACGAGGAGCUCCUCGUCGCUUGCCACAAGUCGGUUUAUAUCGUGUACACGAUGCUAGGGGAUGUUAGCAUCUUCCUUGUUGGCAAAGACGAGUACGAUGAACUUGCUUUGGCAGAAGCCAUCUUUAUCAUAACAGCGGCUGUGAAAGACAUAUGCGGAAAACCUCCAACAGAGCGAGUGUUUCUGGACAAAUACGGAAGGAUUUGUUUGUGUCUUGAUGAAAUCGUUUGGAACGGACUUCUGGAGAACACAGACAAAGAUAGGAUCAAGCGACUCAUUAGAUUGAAACCUCCUUCUGAGUUUUGA